GUGUUAGACACAUGAUUGGCUUAACAACAAAACAAUGGUGGCAGUAUUGACAGCUGCACUAAUGUCAGCAGCAGAGAUCUCCAAUCUUUGCUCGGCAUUAGGGGUCAUCAUAUGCUUUGUGUGUAUGGUUGUUUUUAUCCUAAGGCUUCAAGGAGAGGACUUCAUUGGCACCUCGGUGACUCAUGUGGCGCAACCUCCUGUAGCACAAGUGGCCGUGCAGAAGGUGUCAGUUCCUUUUUCCAUAGAGAUUCAGGAUCCUUCUACAGCCUCAUAUAAUGAUAUCCAGCUAAGGGUGCGCAGCGAGGUGGCCUACGUAAGACGAAGCUUCUGGGGUGUUCCCUCUGACCAGCUUCACUCACUCUUGAAUGGCACUUGGCCUGCAUUUCUUAGACUGAUUGUUGAGAAGCCCGUGGUUGAGGCAGAUGUUGUCGAGGAGUUUUACAGAGAGGAUGAUAAUGAGAAUGCUGAUGACACCAAGCACUUCCAGUUCAAAGGCAAUCCCCAGGACCUGAUGCUGGGUUCUCCUCCUCGCAAGAAAUAUCCCCUUGUGGUCUGCGUUGUGCGUCAGGAUGCCCAUGCAGAAGCUGAUCCUUCAAAUGUGGGUGCACUGAUCAGCAUCAUCCACAUCAAGGACUCAGAGUGCCAAGUACCCACAUGCAUCCUCCACCAGUAUCUUAAGCAGUAUUCUGGGCAGCUCACCAGACUCCAGGCUUUAUACACCCAAGGUAACAAAACGAAUGAGAAUGUGGGGAGAACAAUGCCAUCUGCGGAAAAGAGUAGUUCUGAGGCUGAGAGUGCCACCACAGCCAAUAAGGAUGCAAAAGAAGAGAUAGAAGAAGUAGAGGAAAAAGCAGGAGAAGAAGAGGACGAUGAUGAUGAAGUACCAAUAGAAGAAGCAUGUGUUGUGUGUCAGGUAAAACGUACAUCUCGGGCCCUCCUACCUUGCCGGCAUGUCUGUGUUUGCAACACCUGCUGUGGGAGGCUAAACAACUGCCCCAUGUGCCGUGCAAGGAUACUCAGUUACUUCCUUGUGGCUCCCGAGAGUGCUGAUGACUUUGAAAGCACAGAGGUCGAGAUCCAUGAUACCCCAUCGCUCUGGCAGAGAGUGUGCAAUGUGAUAACAGAUAUGAUGCCUGGUGAUAUGUAGCGAAUUGGGUUUUGUGCUCAUCUGGAUAUAACUUUUUUUUUUUUUUUUUUUUUAAGUCGGCGUCUAAUUUGUAGAUUUGUGAAGCUGGUUGCAGUAUGAGGUUGCAUCCUUGUCUCAGAUUUAAUUGUUUUGUAUAUACAUUCCUUGUGCUGCAUAAGUUUUUUUUUUCAUUAUUAUUUUUUGCAGUAGUUCACUGGUGCUUUCAGUAGUUGUAUAUCUGCAAGGAGGCACCAAAGAUCCUUUACAUAUGUAUAUAUUGUUGAUUGUAAUUUUUGUUAAUAACAGUGCUUCAUUCAUAACUAGUAUGAAUAUGGUUAUAUAGUGGAUAUAAGAGAGAAAAUAAUGUUAUUUGAUGCUAUGAUUACAUAGCACAGAAAUGGACUUUUUCAUACUGAUACUUAUGAAAUCCCAGAUGAUUUGAGAUACUGAGCAAACUCAGCAUUGCAUAAUUAUGUGAAGUAUGUUGCAGGGUAGGUCAUGACUCAAUUCCAAGGCCUGACUCAAUUCCAAGUUAUGGUUAAAGAUGAUAGUGCUCCCAUGCUUCCUCCAGCAAAACAGCCAAGACCUUGAUUAUGCAACCUAUUUCUCUCCUGGGGCCAAAGAAGAGUGCCUACCUGUGAUAUCUUGAAGUCAGUGACCAACCAGCACUUCUCCCUUUAUAUGGCUAUUUAUUUUUCUUUGUAUAUAAUUUUGCUAUGUAAUUUAGUCCAGCUGCAAAAGGAAAGGAGCAACUGGAGUUCCAUGCAUCAUCAAACAUGCUCACAGUUUUCCUGUUUGGUAAUGGUGUGCUGUGAAUAAGAGAAUCAGAUCCUCAGAUCUAUCGCUUCUAAUAUGAGAUUCUUUUUGCACAAUGGAUUAAUUCAUUUAUGAAUGGCAAAGACUAUUGGGUAGACAAUAUUGGAUAGACAAUAUAUCAUGGCAUUAGAAUUUAGUAGCUGUGUUUAGUUUGGAACAAAGAAAAGGUUUUUGUUUGAUGUAUUGUGAAAAAGAAGGCAAUAUAUGUUUUUUUGUGUGUAGAUUUAAGUAUCUAGUCAGAUUUUAAGAAUGGGAAUGAAAAUUGGUUUCUUUUGUCAAGAUAACAGUAUAAUAAGAAGAAAAUGUAAUAUAGAAAGAUUUGUAUAUUGUAUUUAGAUGUAUUUUGUUAUAUGAGUUUUAUAUGAAAUUUAUUUAUAUACUCUACAACAGCUGUUAGAAUAAUUUUUCUUAUAUUCCCCUGAAGAAACAAAGUUUGGUUUGGAACUUCUGAAGAAUUUUAUUUAUUUAUUUAUUUUUUUAUUAUUAUUAUUUUUUGGUAGCUAAAUGUCUUGCCCUUAUGGUUGUUAUGAGUACUAUGCAAUGAAUUCCUUAACACCAAACAUUACUAACAUUUUUCAAAAUAUAACCUAGAGGUAUGUGACUUCAAGUGUGUAUUUAAAUGCAUGGAUGAAUACCAUAAAAGUUAUUGAUUAUUUCAAAA